CAUCUCCCCCCCUCUCUCUCUCUCCCUUCCUCCCUGCCUCCCAGUCUUAUCAGCAGACUACCACCUUCGCUGCAGCCACCCCACUCCUGCGCACCUCUUCAACUCGGCCACUAUCUACCCCACGUAUUCGCAAGUAUCCUAGCCAUCUUCCAAGUUAGUGCCAUCUGCAGCCCCAACACCAGCUGUGUAACUCACACAUGCACUAAGGCACAGUUUCUCACCUCAAUAAUACUUGCUUGCGUCUCUGACACGUGUCAAAUUGUUUGUGUGUGUGUGUGCGUGUGUGUGUGGGGUUGAAGGUGGGAAUAAUGACUGGAACUGUUUCAGUUUAAUAAAAACAUAUAACUACAAACAGUGGUUUAACGACAAGUGGUUAACGACUACAAGCGGUGAUUUAAUGACUAAGAUCGAUAGUUAAAUGACUAUAGAUGGUAUUAAUCACCUACAUGCUGUAUAUAAACGAUUACAAACAGUAGCUUAACAGCUACAAGCAAUAGUUAACGACCACAUUCAGUAAUUAAACAAACAUUACCGGUCGUUAAAUAACUCAAGCUAUUGUUUAACGGUGACAAGGUGAAAGUAAACGAAUACAGGUCGUAGCUAACCGAUAAACGACCAAAACAAACAGUUACACUACGACAAGCAAUAAACGACUACAAGUGUUGGUUGAGCCACAUCAAACUGCUUGUUCACAAAGGCCUAGUCAACAAGAUGGGUUGUAUCAGCAAAUACGGUCUCUUCCUCGUCAACUCUGCCAUCAUAUUCAUGGGGGUGACUGUGGUGGGGGUGGCAGCAGCCAUCCUUCAGCAGGACACGCUCUUCGGAGUGCUACUCAGUAAAGUGUUUUACAGUGUGCCACUGAGUGCUCUCAUCGCUGGUCUCUUCCUGACCUUCCUUGGGGUGCUGGGAUGCUGGGGAGCCCUCAAGGAAGACACCUGCAUCCUCAAACUCUACGCUGUGAUCGUGGCUAUGUUGCUGCUGCUGGUGGUGACGGUGGGGGUGAUGCUGCUGGUGUUCACUGCUGGCACUGCUGCCUUCCUCAUCAGUAACAUGAAGAUCAUCUUCAACGAGUAUGGCGGAGAAGACGAACACAUAACUAACGAUAUCGACUUCAUCCAACAUAACACUCACUGUUGCGGUAUCUACGGCUACAAAGAUUGGGUCGACUUCAACUACGGAAACGGGACCAGCGUUGCGGACGGGUGUUGCAAGAACGAGACUGUGGGCUGCGGCGUGGACCUACUGGAAAACCCAAAUGUGGAGGAUCUGGUAUACACCGCGGGCUGCCUCGUCUUUCUCACUAGCGCCUUCAACAGCGUGUGCAUUGCUCUGGGUGUCAUCACUCUCAUCCUGGCCGGCAUCCAGAUUCUGAGCAUCAGUUGGGUGUGUAUCAUCAUCAGGGAUGCUGCUAGCUACCACCGCCUCAUCGAGUAGUGUAACUCGAACCUACGCCUCACCCAUAUCCAGGCCUCCGUUCCCAAGAUCUACACCCCCGCUACACCCACAGCCAGACCUCCACCCACGUCUAAAGUCACUCCCACACCCACGGGAAUAAACCACUCCCACCUAGGUGUUCUUUCAGGAAACAUCCGACCUUACUAAUUCAAGUUUUAAAAUUUUAACAUAAGGUUUUAUUUACAUAAUCAUUUAGCAUGAAUGCAAUAUAUAUAUAUAUAUAUAUAUAUAUAUAUAUAUAUAUAUAUAUAUGUGUGUGUGUGUGUGUGUGUGUGUGUGUGUGUGUGUGUGUGUGUGUGUGUGUGUGUGUGUGUGUGUGUGUGCGUACGUACUCACCUAAUUGUGGUUGCAGGGGUCGAGACUCAGCUCCUGGCCCCGCCUCUUCACUGAUCGCUACUAGGUCCACUCCCUCUCUGCUUCCUGAGCUUUGUCAUACCUCUUCUUAAAACUAUGUAUGGUUCCUGCCUCCACUACUUCACUUGCUAGGCUAUUCCACUUCCUGACGACUCUAUGACUGAAGAAAUACUUCCUAACAUCCCUGUGACUCAUCUGAGUCUUCAGCUUCCAACUGUGACCCCUUGUUACUGUGUCCCGUCUCUGGAACAUCUUGUCUCUGUCCACCUUGUCUAUUCCCCGCAGUACCUUGUAUGUCGUUAUCAUGUCUCCCCUGACCCUUCUGUCCUCCAGUGUCGUCAGUCCGAUUUCCCUCAACCUUUCCUCGUACGACAUUACCCUGAGCUCUGGGACUAGCCUUGUUGCAAACCUUUGUACUUUCUCUAACUUCUUGACGUGCUUGACCAGGUGUGUGUGUGUGUGUGUGUGUGUGUGUGUGUGUGUGUGUGUGUGUGUGUGUGUGUGUGUGUGUGUGUGUGAAACACUGACCACUUAAGAGGUAAAUCCAAUAUGGACGAAAAUCAAUCACUGAGAAGGAAAAAAGUUGUAUACUUCGCUUCCUGUCUGCUGAAGAGGGCCUGUGAUUGAGGCCGAGAUACAGAGAUCCUUCUGGGUAGCUAACUUUCAGUCCUCGUAGGAACAACCUGUCGAACUGUAAUGGAUGUUUCUGGUAUUUUUACCGAUAUUAUCAAUGAUUAAAUAAUUAAAUAAUUAAAUAAUUAAAUAAUUAAAUAAUUAAAUAAUUAAAUAAUUAAAUAAUUAAAUAAUUCUCAUAAUAAAGGUUUGGGUAAAUGUUA